ACGAUUGAGCCUCUACGGCCACAAAAAAAUUCACAGAAAAGCAGGACGCAAGAAAACCUCACACUUCAUUCAACAUCACAGCAACGUUAACAUGAGCUGCUUUUUCAUUUUCAUUCUCAUCUUUUCCAGUAUUGAGAGAUUUCAGUCAGCAUUCAGAGAGUUCAGUCUACAAACUGGAUCAUCUGUCACUAUCCCAUGUCACUAUGAUAAGCAAUAUAUACAACAUAGAAAAUACUGGUGCUAUUAUCCUAAGUUCAUAUACAAUAACUGUAAAAUUCAGGCAUAUGCCAAUAAUACACAGGGGAGAGUGACAGUGACUGAUAAUCCUGCUGAGAGUCUCUUUACUGUGACUAUGAAUAAUCUCCAGACAGAAAACACUGGAUGGUACUGGUGUGUUGUAGAGAUAGGUGGAAUCAUGGAGCCAGAUGUUAAAGAAGAGCUUUAUAUCACAGUAAAAGGAGUUCCUGAUCUGUCUGUGAAGGAGAGCAGAGUGAGAGGUGAGGAAGGAGGCAGCGUCACAGUGCAGUGUCUCUACAGCGCUGCGUAUCAGAAUGAACAGAAGCAGUGGUGCAGAUUCAAAAACUGUAGCACAUUAAAAAUGCCUGAAUCAUCCCAGAAAUCAGAAAAGGUGCUGCUCAGUGAUGAUGGGAAAAGAUCCUUUAGUGUGGAGAUAAGAGGACUGAAGAAGUGUGAUGCUGGCUGGUACUGGUGCAGUGCAGGAAAUCUGCAGGUUCCUGUUCACAUCAGUGUCAGUGAUCCACCUCCAGUUGUGACUAAAACAUUGACUACAAUCACUUACCAUGUCAAUACGCACACAUCUGCCCUGAAGUACAUUUCAGUAGCACCUGUGACUGCAGUGUCUAGCAGUGAGGAAAACAUUGGGAGUAAGACCCUGAUCUACUGGUACCUGAUGGCUUUUCUUUUGCUACUGGUGAUACUGGUCAACAUCAUAUGCAUGCUAAGAAUGAAAUGCAAAGCAAAAAAUCAAAUCAGGAACAGAGAGAGGAGCGAUGACGCCGCUGUUCACACACAGCCCACAGCUAAUAUGGCUGAAGACUCCGUUAUAUACAGCACUGUUUCUCAGCCAAAUUCAGCAUCAAACGUUGAUGGUCAGGAUGUGACCUACAGCUUAGUAAAUAUUCCAUCCAACAAUAAACCUGUGUCCCCAAAUUAUGUUGACGAUAAGAUCAUCUACAGCUCUGUGGUUUAUCAUUAAGAGGUGUGUGAUAAAAAAUUAUAUUUAGCACAUUAAAAUAUGUACUGUACAGUAAAAUAAUAAUUAUUCACAGUAAUUGUAUUUAUUCUGACAUACUGUUUGGUUAAAAGUAAACUGUCAUGGAUCUCUUCUGGGUCUCACGUUCUCCUCAGCAUUAUGAACAAACUUGAUAAGGACAAGAACAACACGGCCCACACUCAUAUCACAGACUUGCAUCAUAGUGACGAUGUGAAUGUAUUGAAUUAGAUUUGUACCAAAAAAAGUUUAAUAAACAUAAAUAAAUAAAAAAAGUAUAAAUAUUGUAUAGAUAAUA